UAAAAAAGAUUUAUUUAUUUUAUGUAUUUUUGUACACUGCUGAUGUCUUCAGUAUCAGAUCUCAUUACAGAUGGUUGUGAGCCACCAUGUGGUUGCUGGGAAUUGAACUCAGGUCCUCUGGAAGAACAGCCAGUGUUCUUAACCGCUGAGCCAUCAUCUCCAUAACUGAUUUUUUUUUUUUUUUUUGGUUCUUUUUUUCGGAGCUGGGGACCGAACCCAGGGCCUUGCGCUUCCUAGGCAAGCGCUCUACCACUGAGCUAUUACCCCAGCCCCUCCAUAACUGAUUUUUAAACACUCACUUAGCACUUUUCCUACAUAAAUGACCGAAGUGUGGUAUGUUGUUAAUUUUUAUCAAUGGGCUUUCCAAACCCCUGACUUGUUGUGUUUGCUUAUUUCUAAGCUGUACACACUCCCACCUGGAGGGAUAACAAGCUAUCAACAUUUAUUGAGAAAAGCAGUCGGUCGCCAGCUCCGAAAAAAAAGAAAAAAGGAGAAAAGCAGAAACGCAUCCUUACGCAGUGUUUGCCAUAGUACUUGUCCUGGUUAUUAUCGUCAUCUUCACACAACCUAGGGUCAUUUGGGAAGAGGAAACCUCAGUUGAAGAGUUGCCUCAAACAGACUGAUCUGUGAGAAAUGGUCUUGAUUUGAAAUUGAUUGACGUGAGAGGGCCCAGUUCACUGUAGAAGGCAUCGUCCCUGGGCACAUGUGCUGGUGUUGUGCAAGAAAGCUGGUUGAGCAUUAGCAGAAGAGAAAGUCUGUAAAAGCAGGGUUCUUCCGUGGUUUUAGCUUCAAGCUUCUGCCUUGAAUUCCUGCUCUGACUUUCCUCGGUUAAAUAACUUGCUGAAGGUCGCAAAGCUAAUAAUUAACCACUCCGAAGUGUUUCCUCAGCACACAAUAUAGUGCCUUGAGGAUGGUUGGCGUUCAAUAAAUACCCACACCGCACUCUUUAAAAAUAUAAAGGUAAACAUUUUAACAUAAAAAAUAUUCGCACGAGUGAAAUUAUUUCUUUAAAGUUUGCUCACGAUCUCAGUAGAAUUAAGUACAAUAUUUCUUUACUUUUUUUGCUUGAUCAGAGGCGUAGCCCAAAUCGUUGUUAGAAGUUUGAUACAUCUCGCUUUCCGUCGUCCCGCCGCAGAGCUUUCUGGGAGUAGUAGUCUCAAGGUCUGCGGGCUCCAGCAGCAGCUACGGUGCUCGCUCGUCAGAGGUACUACAGUGUGGCACGCAAGUCUUGAGGCUCUUCCGCAUUGCCUGCGCGCCCGCCUCAGUUAUCAUGGCGGCUCCCUUGGCCCUGGUGCUUGUGGUGGCCGUGACUGUGAGGGCGGCCUUGUUUCGUUCCAGUUUGGCCGAGUUCAUUUCCGAGAGGGUGGAGGUGGUGUCUCCAUUGAGCUCUUGGAAGAGAGUGGUUGAAGGCCUUGCACUGUUGGAUCUGGGAGUAUCUCCGUAUUCUGGAGCAGUAUUUCAUGAAACUCCAUUAAUAAUAUACCUCUUUCAUUUCCUAAUUGACUAUGCAGAAUUGGUAUUUAUGAUAACAGAUGCCCUCACUGCUAUUGCCCUGUAUUUUGCAAUUCAGGACUUCAAUAAAGUUGUGUUUAAAAAGCAGAAACUUCUCCUAGAGCUGGACCAGUAUGCCCCAGAUGUGGCCGAACUCAUCCGGACACCUAUGGAAAUGCGCUACAUCCCUCUGAAAGUGGCCCUGUUCUAUCUCCUGAAUCCCUACACGAUCUUGUCUUGUGUUGCCAAGUCUACCUGCGCCAUCAACAACACCCUCAUUGCUUUCUUCAUUUUGACCACAAUAAAAGGCAGCGUUUUCCUCAGUGCUAUUUUUCUUGCCUUAGCAACAUACCAGUCUCUGUACCCAAUCACCUUGUUUGCCCCAGGACUUCUCUAUCUCCUCCAGCUCCUGGGAUUUCAUCCCUGCAGUCUACGGUUUCAUACUUUCUGUUCCAGAUCUCACUCCAAACAUCGGUCUUUUCUGGUACUUCUUUGCAGAGAUGUUUGAGCACUUCAGCCUCUUUUUUGUCUGCGUGUUUCAGAUCAACGUCUUCUUCUACACAGUUCCCUUAGCCAUCAAGUUAAAGUAA